AUGGGCACGCUUAGCAGCAAGGUUUCCGGAAGCUCGCUGCUCACUACCGCACAGACACGCGUCUUCCCGCCUGCACCUCCUGCGAAGCCGCUAGCCCCGGGCCACCGGCGCCACCGGUGUCGGGCAGGACGUCCCCGAGGAGCUGCACGGGUGACCCGGAGUGAGCGCGCUUCAGCGGAGCUGGCCACAGCCGGCCGCUCUGGCAACACAGCGGCGCCAUCGCCCACAGCCCCCACGGGAGAGGAAGCCCGCGGGGCCUGGAGCAAGGGCGGGCAGAAGGGGCCAACCGUCACUCCACCGAUGGUGGGACAGCAGCCCGGCGCCCAGGGGCCUGCAGGGCACCUCCAGGGCAGCUCCGCGAGACAGUGGCAUCCAGGCGGGAGAUCGGGGCCGGCAGGCAGGAGGAUGCGGCCUCCCACCAGGUCAGCAGCCACGGUGUGCCCGAAGCGCAAAGCAGCACUGUCCCCCUCAUGGCCGCCCCCCCCGUCGGACUCACGCGCCGCGCCUGGAGCAUCCCCGCCCGCGGCCCCGCGCCUGCUCCUGCUCCUGCUCCUCCUGCCCCCCGCCCCGGCUGCAGCCAUGGCCCACAGACGCCCCCGGAGCCAGGGCGGCGCCUGGAGCCCCGACGUGGCCUGUGGCCAUCGUUACAUACAGGGGAAGAUUUUGGGGGGCGCGGAUGCCCUGGAGCGGAGGUGGCCAUGGCAGGUCAGCGUGCACUACAGAGGCUUCCAUGUCUGCGGAGGGUCCAUCAUUGAUGAGUACUGGGUCCUCUCAGCUGCCCACUGCUUCGACAGGGACAAGAACAUGGAGGCAUUUGACAUAUACGUGGGGUUGGUGGACCUCAGGCUUGCAGGCAGUCACACCCAGUGGUUUGAGGUCAACAAGGUGAUCGUGCACCCCACCUACGAAGCGUACCACCCUGUGGGAGGCGACGUGGCCCUGGUGCAGCUGAAGUCCCGCAUCCUGUUUUCUGACUCUGUGCUCCCAGUGUGCAUCGCAUCCCCAGAUGUGAACCUUCACAAUGCCACUUGCUGGUCUACAGGGUGGGGACUCGUCUCCCCACAAGGCCAUGUCCCCAACAAGCUGCAGGAGGUACAGACACCUCUGAUCUCACUGCCCCUGUGCCAGCUGCUCUACGGACACCUGUCGUACAUCAUGCUGGACAUGCUGUGUGCCGGGGACAUCAGGGACAUGAGGACCGUGUGCGAGGGCGACUCUGGGGGUCCACUCGUCUGUGAAUUCAACCACACCUGGUUGCAGGUUGGCAUAGUGAGCUGGGGCCGUGGGUGCAUGUACCCUAUGUACCCUGCAGUCUAUGCCCGCGUCUCCUACUUCUCCAAAUGGAUCCAUUACCACAUGGAGCACACACCCCCGCCUUCUCAGCCACUCCCCGCCCUCGCCCGCGUGCUGGGGGUCUCUGUCAGCGUCCCUGUGGCCCUGCUGGCUGUCCUGCCCAUGUUGUGA